AAAAAAAUAAAAACUGCAUGGAAGAACACGAGUUCCUUAACGAAGAUGAGCUAAAUACAUUAAAACAGACGAGCUCUUUGGUGGCCAAGUUUCAAAAAGAAGCACUGACCGAAAGAGAAAACCGAAGAUCGGCAGAACUUCAAGCUCAAGAAAAGGAAAGAUUGGUUUCAGAUGCAUGGAAAAUUGURAGUGCGUUAAAAAAGGACAAAUAUGAUCUAGAGGCUCAGCUUGAAAAACUGAAGAGAACUCGAUCAAUUACAACUACKGAUCGUAUCAGAAAAGAUUUAGAUCAAAUCAGCUCAAGAGCAAAAACUGACCUCUCAAACCACGAGAAACGCACAAGAACCAUCSUAAGGACCACGCCCAAGGAGAAUGGRAUAGAARUUGAGYCUGAUUGUCUUAUUCCUAGCAGUUCAAACGACUCUAACGAGAAACAAGACUCCAUUAAAGAGUCGACAUCUGAAGGAGAAGUAUCUGCUGAUGAUAGCUUAGUCGAAGAACUCAGGCGAAUUCUGCGUGAUGAAGAUUCGAGCUCUGAAUUGGAGGAAGGCGAAGUCAAGAUGAGUUCUGACACGAUCGACGACACUACUGACAAACGUUAUUCUCCAAGUGACAUGAUCAAACUGUUCACUGCGAAACCUUAUUUCCACUCUAUAAAAGGUCCAAUAGUAAGAACUGGAAAAUCGAAUCAUAUUGAGCAUGAUCGCUCCAGAACGGAACAUUAUCCAGUAAAAACUACACAAGAGGAAUGUUCGGGAAACAAUGGUGAAUUCAUAAGUGCUGGCCUCSAUAGKCAUGGUCUCGCUGAAUAUAAUGGSUUUGCUGAAGAUUUUCAAUCAAUUGACAUGGAUUCCAACUGUAGGCAAUAUUACUCUGAGGAGUCCGCUGAUACUGAUGGCUGUUCUUUGAAGAUGGAGUUAACCAUACCAAAACUACAUCUCGAAGAUGAAUGGCAAACUACUCAUGCAGACAAUAAAGAAAGGAAGGAAUCACCAACACAUAAAGCAAAGGACCUCACAAGAUCACAUCCAAAGGGCUUCAAAAAAAGAAAUAAUGCCUUACKUUCAGAGGAAGGGGACAGGUAUGGUAGGCACGCACCCAAGGUUGUUAGUCCAUUAGUACUGAACUCUAGAUCUUCUAGUGAUGAUGUUCAUUUUGUGCGAGACGAUUUCAAAAAGCAGGAGGAUUUAAAACGAGAUUCAGAAGAYUAUAGAAACCCGGCUCCUGGUGUGUGUGGAUUAGAGAAUCUUGGCAACUCCUGCUUUAUGAACGCCGGCUUACAGUGCCUCUUUGUGAUCAAACCAUUUUAUCGGUUCUUUUUAGAGGGCGGACACAAAAACAUCUUGAGGUUAAAAUUUAUGGAAGAACAGAACAUCAGCCUUUGUGARCUUCUUGGGCAACUGAUAGACAAAGUAUUUAGUGGAUGUUACCUGACAUGUGAACCCUCCGCACUGUUUGCAACAUUACAAGCGCAGUUCCCACAUCUCGAUGGCUUUGUUCAGCAUGACUGUCAAGAGUUCCUAGCCUUGUUUCUGGACGCGUUACACCAAGAAUUGAACACUACGAGAGCCAAUCAMAGAAGAAGGAUUAGGCACGAGACCAUGUCAAAUGCAARAAUCGCUGACCAGUGGUGGAAAUUGUACAACGACGAAAACGAGUCAGUCAUUGCGGACACAUUUCAUGGACAAUUUAGAAACAAAAUCAGAUGUUCAGUCUGUAGCCAUGUUUCAAUAACAUAUCAGGCGUUUUCCUUCCUCUCCCUACCCCUGGUCAGUCAGAAAUUGCAAUCGUUUGUUAUAACCGUUGUCCGCAAUAAUGAUGGCAAAUUUGUCAACAAUGGUAAACCAAAAGCACUYAGGGUUCGGGUGCAGGCAACUAAGCCAACCACUACAGUACAAAUCAAGCAAAGACUCGUGUCACUGUUUCCUUUGAAUGAACAACCUGACAUAGAUAAUCUAUUUCUUGCUGUAGUACGCAGAGGGACUAUUGUGGGACUAYUGCAUGAUCAUCGAAUAGUCACUCCUUUYAAUGAUAAAGAAAACAAGUUGUACGCGUACGAGCCUCUWUMUCCACCCACUGGAACUCCUCCUUUCCCAGYCGACAGAAACACUACAACAACGUCCAACAUGAACCRAACAGCUCAUGAACUACACGACACAGCCCGUAGGCUYCAAAGCAAUAUCAAACUAAAAUUGACCCCGUUAGAUAGUGUCACACGUAACAGUAGCGUCAAAGCAUCGUAUGCUUGUCAUUCAAAGGAGGRCAGGGCUAAGACACGUGCUUCGUUACCUAUUGGCUAUCACCUGACAUACACGUGCUCUAUAUGUCUACAAGCCAGGCCUACUAAACAACUGCUKCAGCAUGAUGAUUGUGGAAAGGUCUUUUGUUGGGAGUGUCUAGAGGUUUCUAGCCCACUCUGCCUUGAUGAUAGUAUUGAUUGCCCGGAUUGCCUAAGACCAUCUAGUGUAGAUGACGCCCACGAGUCAAAAAUACGGUACUGCAAUGUACCCAUCCUGUUUAGAAACAAAGAUUCCGAUGAGAAUGAGAGUACUGUAUUUGGUCAUCCAAACCUGGCAACAUUACCAUGUGCAAUAUCAGGACAUGAUCUUUAUAAUCACCUGGCCACGUUACUACCUGUCUCGYAUAAUGACAAGAAAACCCGUUGCGUGCCAUCAYUGCCGUUCACCUUGCAUCUUGUUGACUACCAGGGUACAAGAUGCUCAAGAUGCGAUGAACGUGAAGACUGCAUGGGGUGUUGUAUCCAUGAAAAUGACGUAGUUGUUUUCCAAAAUGGCGACCAUAUUGCAAUUGAACUCACUAAUAUCAUACAACUUGAAGUUGAUAAGAUGAGUCGCUAUUGCGACCACGAGUCGAUGAGAGUCAAACAUUUCACGUGUAAACUACAACUGCAGGAUUGUCUCCGAAGCUUUGUUGAUAGGUACAGACAGAGCUAUAUCAAGAUACACACCCCAGUAGAGUUCCCAUUGCAAGACUUGGAUAUGAAUGAGUUUAUGCAUGGUAUCAAUUCACCUCGAGACCUUACCGGGACCAGRGACAAUUUGUACGACCUCGUGGGUGUGGUAUGUCACGAAGGGGAUUUUGAGAGUGGCCACUAUAAGGCAUAUACCAGACAUGGAAUGACAUCCGARUGGCAUUUAUUUGACGACUACAAAGUUUCAAAGGAAAGUCCAUCAGCUGCGUGCCACACUUCUGCAUACUUAUUGUUUUACAACAGAAAAUCAAGUUCUCCACUAUUCACAUCUAGUACAGAGGACGUCAGUCAUUCAUCCAUUGAAAGAUCGACAGGCAUUAAGGCCAACACCCAAKCUACACGACGCAAGAGUAAAGACAAAGCCAAACGUACCAAAGAUAAUGUGCAAAAGACGACAUAUGCUGAGAAGGCAUAUGAGAAGGUUGAGAAGGCGCAAGAUAUUUUACAUCCUAGUGUAGCUAAGACCCAAGAUAUCUCAGAAUGUUUGCCUGACGUAGUACAUUCAUCCGUUGAAGAUAUCAAAGGAGCCAAGAAUGACUUUUCAAGCACCCCYAAAGAACGGGUGUCGGAAGGACAUCGUCAUCAAACGAGUGAUAAACAAGUUGAAGAUAAACCAAUGAUUGUAGAGCUGGACAUUAUCAAGGAUCCUGACAGUGAAAGGCACGAGCAGCCAGUUCAGUGCGACUGCAGUCAGUGUGACUACUAUAGAGAGCUUGAACAACAGAUCAAGAGAUGUAGACGUUCGAUAAGUGGUUCAGAAACAAGAAGCAAAGCAGGAAGUAGUGCACCGUCGUCUAGAGGGGUUUCCCCUAGGAAAAGACAUUCUAGAGAAGCUACACCCAUCAAACGAACCACACCCACAGAAGUGCAACACGAAGCACACGAACGCAAGUCUUAUAAGAUGAGUACUCCGGUAUCGGGACAAAAUGCAAAAGUCCUCCCACUGAAGGAAGAAGACGAUAUUGUGCAUGAUGUUCAGCAUCUGACAAGAAUAUUAAUCUGCGCAGUUGGAAAUGAAGAUAUGAAGAAGRCAGCCGACCUUCUGGAGGAAGGAGCCGACCCUAGUCUAGUYGUUGAUGGUAUUACCGCUCUCCAUCUCGCUACAGGCAUGCAAUCAUCACUUUGCUGCCACUUCACACRGCUCUUCUUAGACCACGGGGCUAAYCCUAAUGUCAAGUCAUUAGAAGGACUUACUCCAGUYCAUGUAGCGGCUGYGUGGGGUAACAAGGAUUGCUUGAAGCUGCUAAUGGAAAAAGGGGGUGAUCCGUAUUCAGAGGACGCAGAGGGCCGCAAUGCUAUUGAUCUGGCCAAAGACUAUGAACACGAUACAAGUGCUGAUACCUCAGAAUACUUACAUCAACUAGACAAACACUACACCUCAAAGGUCCACUCAACSACUUAUAGCAAUACAUCCUUGACCUCGGAGAUUUCAGUCUCGGAGCUUGAUAAAGUGCCGUAUACAAAACAAACGGACGAGGAAGAAGAGCAGCAGGAGGAGMAYGAGGAGGAUGACAGACAUCAAAAUGUACAGCUCCAGCMGGUACAGAUUCCAAUUUAUACGCCCGAAGCUUCCUCAAGCGCAAGUGCAGUUGGGUGUGGCUCAUGGACGAGGGGAMURAAGAGGAGGGUGAGGCGAAACAAAGUAGUGCGAAGCGUKUCAGGGAAUUUACGUAAGACGUCCAGUAGGCUWGCUGGUAGAUUCAGAAGCUUCAGCGAUCACUUUAGUCCGAGUUCUGGUAACUAACUGUAGAUAAUAAGAGCUUUAAUCCCAAUAUUU